AUAUUUUUUUGGGGGGGGAUAGCCUAACAUUGUAUUUUGCGAGUGAUCAUAAUACAAUUGUCCCUUACGCGUUCCCGUAAACUGAAAAGGCAGUUAUGGUGGAUAAGAAAAUAUCAGUGCGUUCUCAAGAUCCAAACCAGCGGCGCGUUCUGGACUGCGCCACGCGUCAGCGUCGCUUGGUCAGACAGUUAGAAGCUCUCGAAAAAGACAACUUUCAAGAUGACCCUCACGCCAGCUUACCACAGCAACUAGCUAAGAGACUACCACAGUUUGAUGACAGCAAUGAAUCUGGCAAGAAGAGAAAAAAGACACGGGGAGAUCAUUUUAAACUUAGAUUUCGAAAGAAUUUCCAAGCUUUGCUGGAGGAGGAGGACCUGAGCGGUACAGAAGGACCGAACUACCUGACGGCAUGCGCGGAGUCGUCCAAACUGCCCCAGCGCAACUUCUGCACGGUGUGCGGUUUCCCGUCCCACUACACGUGCGUGUCCUGCGGGGCGCGCUACUGCUGUGUCCGUUGCUUGGGAACACAUCACGAGACCAGAUGUCUCAAGUGGACUGUGUGACCAACUCCGCUUUUACCUGUGAACCACUUCAGUCUGCAGCUUGUAUAUAUAAGGGUCUGUGUGCAGCGUCUUGUUCAGGGAAUUUGGGAGGGGGGAGGGGGGAGGGGGCGGGGCAACACAUCACUCAAAUGAACUCCCAACCUGACCAGGGGCCUGUUCCAUAAAGCUAGUUUACCGAAUAAGACAGGCUCAUGUCAAGGUAAGUAACUCACAUAAACUUGGCUUAUUCUGUAAACUCGCUUUAGGAAGCAGGCCUCCUGGUCUGACUACAUCAGGAAGCUGAAGGUCCAGGGUUAAACAGAUCCAGGGUUAAACCGACACAGGGUUAAACAGAUGCACAUGCAGGGAGGACAGGCAUUAAACUGAUAACUUUACAAUGUGGAAACAAAAAUAGAAAAUACACACACCGUUGAUGCAUUUGAAUGGU